CUACCAGGACCUCUCACUACAACACCCGCCAUGUCCGUCGCGACCCUCUCAAAGGCCCUACCGAAGCCGAAAUAUGUGGGCGACGUCGAAGAGCUCGAUACUUCACGGAACGCGCGCGUGCUCCCAGAGCAUUCGACGCAACUAGCCAAGCGGCAGAACGGACCGCCCCCGUACGGGCAGCGCACAGGAUGGAGACCGCGCACCGCAGAGGAUUACGGAGAGGGUGGCGCGUUUCCUGAGAUACACGUCGCGCAAUAUCCGCUGGAUAUGGGGAGGAAAGGCACCGCGAGCACGUCGAAUGCGCUAGCAAUGCGCGUAGAUCAGGAGGGCAAGACCAAGUACGACGAGAUCGCCCGACGUGGGCACGCCGAGAAUCGAAUAGUACAGGCUAGUUUCAAGGAUCUGAUUCCGUUGCGGCAGCAGGCGAAUGCAGGCGAGCUGGACUUGGAACGGCCAAGCCAGGAGAUGGUGCAGGCAACCAAGGAGAAGACGGCGGCGGCGCUCAAUGCGCUGAUCGCCGGACAGACGGCAGCACAAAAGCCGAAGAACGUCAAGGGGAGAGGGAAAGACGAGCCUACUUUUGUUCGGUACACGCCUACCGCGCAGAUGGGCGAGGCACAAGGCAAGACGCGCAUUCUCAAGAUCCAGCAGCGCCAGAUGGAUCCCAUGGAGCCGCCAAAGUUCAAGCACAAGCGCAUCCCACGUGGACCACCCUCCCCUCCGCCGCCAGUCCUCCACUCUCCUCCCCGAAAGCUCACAGCCGAGGACCAGGAAAUGUGGAAGAUCCCCCCUCCCAUCUCCAACUGGAAGAACCCCAAGGGCUACACCGUUCCGCUAGACAAGCGUCUCGCCGCCGACGGCCGCGGACUCCAAGACGUGACCAUCAACGACAAAUUCGCGCAGUUUGGCGAGGCCCUGCAAGCCGCCGACCGACACGCCCGCGAGGAAGUAAAGCAACGCGCGCUCAUGCAACAACGUCUCGCCGAGAAAGAAAAACUCCAAAAAGAAGAGCAUCUCCGCAAUCUCGCACGGCAAGCCCGCGAAGACCGCGCGACACACACCCGCCGCCGCUCCGCGAGCUACUCGUCCGCCUCGUCGCACUCCGACUCCGAAGACGAAGCUGUUCGCCGCCGCGAAGAAGCCCGCAAAGAGCGCCGCCAGGAGUUCCAGCGCGAGCUCCGCCAAUCCCGCAUGGGCACAGAGCGCAAGCUCCAAAUGCUCGCGCGCGAACAAAACCGCGACAUCAGCGAAAAAGUCGCCCUUGGGCUCGCCAAGCCCACGCAGUCCGCCGAAGCCAUGUACGACUCGCGCCUGUUCAACCAGUCCUCGGGCUUCGACGCCGGCUUCAACGAAGACCAGGCGUACGACAAGCCACUCUUCGCGGCACAGGACGCCAUCGCGAGUAUCUACCGACCCAACGUCACGCAGGACGACGGCGAGGACGCGGGCGAGACGUACGAUCGCAUUACUAAAGGCAGCCGGUUUGAGGUGCUGGGACGACCCAAGGAGGGGUUCAAGGGCGCGGAUCUGCAGGAGCAGAGGGAUGGGCCGGUGCAGUUUGAGAAGGAGAAGGAGGAUCCGUUUCAGAUUGAGAAGAUGAUCAAGGAGGUGAGGGGGGAGAAGGCGGGGGAGAAGAGGGGUGGGGAGGACGGCGAGAGUCGGUCUGCGAAGCGCGCGAGGGUCGAGGAUGACAGCGAUUAG